AUGAAGCUAUUGUUCGUCGUCCUACUACUCACAGCCAUCGGCUUCGUCGCCGCGCUGCCGUUCGAUAAUCGCCAACAGCCCGACCCUAGUACGAGUUACCCCUCGGUGUAUCCCAAGUCAGUUCGGCCUGCAGUUACUUUUCAAGGAGCAAGCGUUGGGCUCGGACUGCAUAUGAUAUAAAGCACGUUAUGAGUUCUCACUGAACAAAAUCGUUUACAUGCUACUAUUGUGAUAGGGAAUGCAAAACAUCCAAGGCUGAUCACAAGUGAGUUCUACGACGCGAGUGCACUGGAUCGCAUAUCCGAUGACUUGCCCUUACUAAAGUCAUCAUAAUACUACGAGGUGAUCAGGGCAUGCUUAGACGACAAAGGCAGUACCUGCCCAAAAUUAAACGUGGAAAACCAUGCGGCGCAAGGAUGUGCGGAGGCAAGGCCCGGGCUACUAGGAGAGGCGUAAGCACGCCGAGAACAUCAUUCAUCCAUGUUGAACUCGGGCCUGAUUUCAAAUUCUUUUCUACGCCCUGUUGGAUUCCAUCAACUCGGCCUCUUCGCAGUGAAGCAAGACUCAAACGCACUCUCAAAAUAAGGUCGAUCACUGGAACUCCGGCCGCUGGCACCCCUGGCAAUGCCGGUCUCGACGACUCAGUGCACGCUUCCAAGUACAGGCUGAAGGACAAGCCCAGGCAAUUUCGUAAACCCGGUGGAGCAUUUUCGACCAUGUCUCACUCGAAGGACCAUGUCUCACUCGAAGGACCAUGUCUCACUCGAAGGCUGCGGUAA